AGCUGCAGAAAACACAAUAUUAUUGCAUUUAAAACCAGCCUUUUUCUUACAUAGCGGCCUUUCCACAGGUAAGAGGCAUUUAUUACCGCGUACGUAUGCGAGAGUCAUGACAGAGCGUCACGCUGCCGGAGAAGCAGGAAGGAAGUUGCCAUAAGCCACUAGCUAGCGAGCGGCUAAUAUAGCUCGCUGUAGUCCGGAGCUCCAUUCAGGGUUCAGGUGUGUAUGCCUCAUGGGGCACUGAUGUGAGGAGCAGCGGAUGAAGGCGUACACAGUAGUAGAAUGGAUGGACAGACUCACAAGAUUCAGUUUGUGUCAGCAGACAACAGCAUGGCUUUAGGACAUCGAAUCCAGAUCGUAACGGAUCAGCAGACGGGGCAGAAGAUCCAAAUUGUCACAGCACUUGAGCCGUCCUCCCCCGGGAAGCAACAGUUUAUCUUGGCGAAUGCCGACUACUCCACAGGCGGGAAGGUGAUUCUGGCCAAGCAGCAGGGUUCUCCCAACAAGGUGAUCCUCGCCUCUUCUGACGGCUCCGGGGUCAACCAGCUGCUUUUUGCGUCCCCUGAACUGGCAGGACAGCAGAUCCAGUUUGUGACUGAAGGCUCGGACCAGUCUAUCGUCAAGCCCGUGGUAGAGUACUGUGUUGUCUGCGGGGACAAGGCGUCAGGGCGUCAUUAUGGAGCCGUCAGCUGCGAAGGCUGCAAGGGCUUCUUCAAGCGUAGCAUAAGAAAGAACCUGGUGUAUACGUGCAGGGGCUCCGGGGAAUGUGCCAUUAACAAACUACACCGGAACCGCUGCCAGUACUGCCGACUACAGCGCUGUAUAGCUCUUGGCAUGAAGCAGGACUCUGUGCAGUGCGAACGGAAACCCGUUGAAGUCGCCACCAGAGAGAAAUCGGUGAAUUGCGCGGCCUCCACAGAAAAGAUCUACAUCCGAAAGAACCUUUGUAGUCCCCUGGCUGCCACGCCCACUUUUGUGUCUGAGAAGGAAACUGCUCGAUCCACAAGUAUGCUUGAGUCUAGCAUGUUGCUCAACAUCCAGCAGCCCUUCCCUAAGCUGGAAAACACCAUCCUGAUUCCAGCCUCUCCUGAUAAGGAUGAUCUAUCCCAAGGAGAUCUUGGGACACUGGCAAACGUGGUGACGUCACUUGCCCACCUUAACAAGACCAGGGAGCUGAGUGAGAGCGGGAACGACGCGAUGGAAGCUGAAACGGUCAGCAACGGCGACGACUCAAUGACAGACGUCCGAGGAGACGAUCAAACUGCAAGCGAUAUCACUAGAGCUUUUGACACGCUGGCCAAAGUCCUACACCCCGAUGAUGGCUCGGUAGCGGAGUCUUUAGAAACCACGAUGCAGCUGAUGUCAGGGGACCAGUCGGGCCCUGUGCUGGAGCUGGAUGGGCCUCUGCUUUCUGAGAGCCAUAUCCCUUUCAAGCUUAUGAUGCCAUUGCCUGUACCGGAGUACCUCAAUGUCAACUACAUCUGUGAGUCGGCGUCCCGGCUACUUUUUCUCUCUAUGCACUGGGCACGCUCCAUACCUGCCUUUCAAGCCUUGGGGGGUGAAGACAAUGACAUUAACUUGAUGAAAGCCUGCUGGAAUGAACUGUUUGCCCUGGGCCUGGCACAGUGCUCCAACGUUAUGAAUGUUGGUACCAUCCUAAGUGCUAUUAUCAACCAUCUGCAGACCAGCUUACAGGAAGAGAAGCUGUCCCCAGACAGAGGAAAAGUAGUAAUGGAGCACAUCUGGAGGAUGCAGGAGUUCUGUAACAGCAUGUCCAAGUUGGCUCCAGACUCUUAUGAAUACGCCUACCUCAAAGCUAUUGCCCUCUUUAGCCCUGAUCACCCUGGCAUUGAUAACAUCCAGCAGAUUGAGAUGUUCCAGGAAAAGGCCUACACGGAGCUGCAGGACUACGUUACAAGGACAUACCCAGAAGAUUCUUAUCGGUUAUCCAAGCUGUUGGUGCGUCUUCCGGCCCUCAGGCUAAUAAGCGCAGCUGUCACGGAGGAGCUGUUUUUCGCCGGGCUCAUCGGCAACGUGCAGAUUGACAGCAUCAUCCCUUACAUCCUCAAAAUGGAGUCCACUGAUUAUAACAGCCAAACAGUCUCUGGUGUCUGACAAACUGUGCCAUUUCUUUUUCUUUUUUACACCCCCCCUUAAAAGCAAUAUUUGGAUUACGAAAGGUCGACAAAGCAUUCAGAGAACUGAUCAAUCCGGUUUUUGAAUGAGCAUAACAAACUAGAUCCAUGACUCAUGAUCCGUUUUAAACUGUUUUCUCUCUUAGCUUCUCUCCUCCUCCUGCCUUCUCUGUCAGCCGAGCUCAGCUCGCUAAUAGGACAACCUCCAGAAGCAUUGAGAAUUCAAUUCUUAAGGCCUGCAUAGCAGAUUUAGCUUUUUAUUGUAUAGUAUUUUAUGCUUCAUACCCUUUAAGCCUGUGUUUUUCUGAAAAACUCAUUUGUAUUUUUGAAUAACUCAGUAUGUUUUCUUUUUGUUUUUUUUGUAUUCAUUACUUCUCUGACAUGGCCAUACUUUUUUUCUUAUGUUCGCGUUAUUAUGAGAAAAGAAAAUGUGAAAUGAAUUAGUGAGACGCUAUCAUUAAAGGUUACCACCUUUAUGGCUUAUUAGUUUGCUAAUCCAACAGAUUGGCAGCAUCACAUGUGUAAUACUUGUCAUCAAGUGGAUCUGAAGUAACUGUAUAUAUAUUUAUAUAUAAAAAGGCACCAAAAAAAAAAAAGCUAUACACGCAGCAUUUGGUAAUUUGUGUAUUCUGUCAUUUUGGACAAAGAAAUGUUGGACAGAGAUGGUCAUGUCAUUUGAAAUAAAAACCUCUUUCAGUCA